AUGGGAAACGACGACGACAAUACGAUUACUAACGGCGAUCUUUUUACUAUUUUGCGUGAUAUACAAAAAGAAUGGACGAAAUUCAGAGCAGACGUUACAAAUGAAGUUAAUGUGAUUAAAACCAAAAUAGCUAAUAUAGAACAAGAAAAUACUCAACUAAAAACCAGUGAGAAAAAACUGCGAAGAAAUAAUAUCUGUAUAUUUGGAUUUGAGCAUAAAAACGGAAGCUUGACAGAAGCUCUUACCAAAUUCAUAAAAGAUCAACUAAAAAUUAAUAUUGGUAUUAAUGACAUAAAUUACUGCUACCCUAUAAAUAAAAAUACUGAAUCUAAAAUAAUUAUUUUGAAACUGGUAACAUUCCACAAGAAACGUGAAAUACUUCAGAACACCAGGCAGUUACAAGGUACUGGUAUAUAUUUCUCGGACGAUCUCACGAGGAGCGCAAAGAAAAGAAAAAACUCUUCGAUCACGUUAAGGCUGCCAGAAAUCAGAAUUAUGAGGCAAAAAUUGUAA